AUGGAUACGGAGCGUGAGCGACCAGCCAAGAGGAUCAAGUAGGAUCAAAGCUACCUUCACCUAUUCGUGCACUAACAAGUACUGCAGGGUGGACUACUUCGACGAGGUCAAAGUCAAGUUUGCCUUCAAUCAGUAUGACUGUGUUGUUCACAUCCCCAGAAAUCUCAUCACCGGACGCUCGCGACACUUUGAAUGGGCUUGUUCGCACAAUAAUUACGGACAAGAUGGGGUCGUCAAACUACCAUAUGGAAAGGCGGUGAACAAGCAGUCAUUCUCGACAUACCUCCAAAUUCUGCACUCUGGUCAAGUAGCUCUCGACGAGCACGACGGUCACAGCGUGGACAGCCGCUGGUCCUGGCUUAUCGAGGUCUACAUUCUCUGCGACUUGCUGGGGGACCCAGAAUCAAUGAACCUUGUCAUGGACAAGUUGGUGUUGAUGACGGACAAGGGGGAAUCGACAAAGUGGAAACCGAUCCUCGAGACCGUGGACAGUCAUACUCGAGGGCGUGUUAACCCUCCUUUGCGGAGGAUGCUCGUGGAUCACUUAGCUGAACGCUCAUGUUUCUCUGCCUUUGUUGACAAGAGCCUCACCGGAGGGGAAUGUCCAUUCCUGGCCGAGGCUGCGAAAGAAAUGGCCAAGAGGCGAGAUGAAGGUGCAGAUGCUGCAGGAAGGAUCGAGGUCGGGGAGAGAGCCGGAAAGAAGUAUCAUGUUGAGGUCCGAAAUGCGAGUGCGGCGGGACGGUGA